CCACAUCUUGUAAUGUAAGAUGUUCGGAGCUUUGGGUUGCUCUCUAAAAUCCUGGGGUGAUUGGUGGUUUCCAAUUACCUGGAAAUUUAUGUGAAAGCAAGCUCCCAGGCUUGGGCUUUAAUUUCAUUUUGUUCAUUUGUGUUAGAGGGAAAGAUCUUUGCUGAUAUAUAUAUAGGACAGGAAAUUUGUCAGUGUUUUUCCUUGGUAGUACUAGGUUUGCGAGUUCAAUAUAAUCUCACGCACAUACAUUUGAUUAUACGGUAGGGUUGAAGUUUCGAUGGUUUUCUCAGUUCUUCCCAUAAAAGAGGGCACACUGCUGUCUCAGGUUGGGGUUUUGGUUUAGGUACAGAGGGCUUUAUGGGUCCGACAGUGAGGACUUAGCAGGUGAUAUUAGUGUAUCUAUUGCCAAAUAAAACGCCAAAAAACCAUUGGAAACCGGUUUCCCUGGCAAACCAUAAAAGACAAAUAUCCCCUUGAGCUUGUAGCAGAUUACCCAAAAUCUUAAUUUGUUAAAGCACCAACACUGCAAUUCCCCUUUCGAGUAGAGCCCUUGUGCGCAAAAAUAAAUUCUUAGAUUCCAGUUUGUUUUCACUGUUUUCCCCCAUUUGGAGCGGCCUUGGCGUUUCUUUCAUCACACCUCAAAGUUAUGCCGCUCCCUCCUCUGUCUCAGUCCAUGUCUUAAAGCCUUCAGCUACUUCCAAUUUCACUCAUAAAUCUAUUUCUUAGACCAUAAAACAUUUUCUUUAGUUUUCAUGCAAUGGCAAUUGAUUGCGUUUCCAAGAUACCCUCCAUGCCUCAUCAUCCUAAAGAUGAAAAAAGAGAGGAGCAAAAACAACUGGUUUUUGAUGCCUCGGUGCUUAAAUACCAACCCGACAUACCAAAACAAUUUAUAUGGCCCGACCACGAAAAGCCUAAUGUUAAUGCACCAGAACUCCAAGUGCCAUUCAUUGACCUAGGAGGGUUCCUUUCCGGUGACCCUGUUUCUGCAAUGGAAGCAUCGAGGCUGGUCGGCGAGGCAUGUCGGCAGCAUGGUUUCUUCCUUGUGGUUAAUCAUGGAGUGGAUGCAACACUGGUGGCUGAUGCUCACAGUUAUAUGGGUAACUUCUUUGAAUUGCCACUCAAUGAUAAGCAAAGGGCUCAGAGGAAACUUGGUGAGCACUGUGGAUAUGCUAGUAGCUUCACUGGUAGAUUCUCCUCCAAGCUGCCAUGGAAGGAAACGCUUUCCUUCCGGUAUUCAGCUGACAAAAAGUCAUCCAAGAUUGUUGAAGACUACCUUGAUAGCAAAUUGGGAGAUGAAUUCAAGCAUUUCGGGAGGGUUUACCAAGAUUACUGCGAGGCAAUGAGCAAGCUAUCUCUAGGGAUAAUGGAGCUAUUAGCCAUUAGUCUUGGCGUAGGAAGAUCACAUUUCAGGGAAUUUUUCGAGGAAAAUGAAUCAAUAAUGAGGCUGAAUUACUACCCACCAUGCCAAAAACCAGACCUCACUUUAGGAACAGGGCCUCAUUGCGAUCCAACCUCAUUAACCAUCCUUCACCAAGACCGAGUUGGUGGUCUUCAAGUGUUUGUAGACAAUGAAUGGCGUUCAAUUAGCCCAAAUGCCGAAGCAUUUGUCGUUAACAUUGGCGACACCUUCAUGGCACUUUCAAAUGGGCGAUACAAGAGUUGCUUGCACCGGGCAGUGGUGAACCGCCACAUCCCAAGAAAAUCUCUGGCUUUCUUCCUAUGUCCCAAGGGUGAUAAAGUGGUAGCCCCACCAACAGAGUUGGUCGACGCCUAUAAUCCCAGAGUAUAUCCAGAUUUUACUUGGCCUAUGCUGCUUGAAUUCACACAAAAGCAUUAUAGAGCUGAUAUGAACACACUUGAAGUCUUCUCAAACUGGGUUCAACAGAGAAACAGCUGAACCCGAGUUGUCUUUACUGUCUUGCUUAAUGUUGUCAUUACAAAAACAAGCCAUUACAUGCCCAUGUCUGCCAAGAAAAUGACAUCGAUGGGAGCAGAGAAAAUUGAUUGAAAACUUGGGAUUUUAUUUGCUACGAGUUUAAAGGAAGACCAAAAAGGCAAUGUUGGAGGAGAUUUGCUUCUUCUGUUUUAUUUAUCUAUUUUCCUAUCUUUUCUUUUUUUAAAUGUUCAUGGGGUCAGCUGACAAGCCUUUUUUUAGUGAUGAACGAAAGGCACGACAAGGGAUACUAUAAGGAAGUAAGGAACCCAAUAAAGAUAUCAAUCAGCUUUAACUUUU